UGAAGUAUAAACAAGUUAAAAUGCAAGACAUACAAAUAUUUGAGCGGUCAUUAAAAGACUUUGAAUAUUUAAAGGACUUUCAAAGUUUUCUCAAUCCAAAAAUCAAUGGUCGAAUACAGGCAAGGCAUAUGAAGAAGUUACGUCCGCGAUUUAACCCAUUGACUGAUCUAAAUGAGCAUAAAUUCCGUCUAAAAUACCGGUAUACGAAAGAAAAUCUUCGCAGAAUUAUUGAAAUCGUGCGUGAUGACCUAGAAAUUGAAUAUUUUGAGCCAUUGAAAAGAGAGCAAGUUCCAAUAGAUCUACAAAUCUUGUCCGCAAUUCGACUGUGGGGUGGAACUGAGCACCCAAAACUAACUGCAAUUGCUCAUGGCGUUAGUAUACGAACUUUGGCGAAAAUAACAAGACGGGUGGCUUCAGUUUUAUCAUCGAAGGCAUCUCGUUAUAUUAGAAUGCCGGCUACUCUUGCUGAAAAAGAGCGAAUAAUGUGCUCGUUUCAAGCAGUGGCAAAUAUGCCUCAAGUUAUCGGAGCUUUACUGCAGACUACUGUAAGAUUUCAACCGGAAAACUCUGCAACGGAAGACCUUGAUGCGGAGGUUCCAUAUCCUGCGUUCACAAAGGAAGAAGAACUUCAUCUUCAAAUUGUUUGUGAUGCGGCCCAUAGAAUAAGAGACCUUGAUAUUCGACUGAUCGAAAAGCAUUUAAUGCUCACCGAUACUGAGAUGUUCGGAAUGUCUAAAAUAAAGGAACGGUUUGAACAAAAUGAGUUUCGUGGUCGUAUUCUCCUCGGCAAUGAAAUGGUCCGUUGUUCCUCUUCACUGUUCACGCCAGUUCGAUUUCCACGAAACCAAUCCGAGGAGCUGUACAACCACGCCCACUCGAUCACUUAUGCUUCGGCCAGAAAGUGCCUAAAUUUGUUGGUGAGUCGGUUUGGUAUCCUUGGCACUAAAAUACAAGGCUCUCACGGAUCUGCCAAGCAAACGAUUACGGCACUUUCCAUUCUGCACAACAUGGCUAUGGAUUGGGCAGAUCCCAGUAUUGAUACGGAACAAAACAUCUCACCAUUCAAUUCAACUUUCUUCAAUUCUAUGGGAAGAGCACCGAAAUCUGGCGAAGACAAUAAUAGAAGGCAAUUUAUUAAAACCCACUUUGCAGCCCAGUAAAUACAAUACUUAUGUACAAUAUGUAAUAAAAAUAAACAAAUAUGUAAUUUUUGUAUGUACACAUUUUUAA